CGCCGUAGUAGCGCGGAUGGUGUUUUGUCGCGUCUCCGCCUCCGCGCUCCUCACUUUCUGCCGACCGCAGACGAGCGCACACAGGCCGCCGUGAACUCUCCCGGGGCCGGAUGGUAAAAUCCAACCUCCAGCGGAUCCUAAACAGUCAUUGCUUUGCCCGUGAGAAAGAAGGAAAUAAAGCGUGUGAAACUAGCAGCAUCAUGGAGGCGCUAAGUAACAGUAUUAACGACAUGAUGGGAAGUCUGUCACUGUGCUGCAGUAGUACCACUGGUCCAGGGCCUCUGUGGUGCUCCGAUGCCCCUCACCCACCUCUGAAGAUCCCAGGUGGGCGAGGGAACGGAGCACGGGAUCACUCAUCCACAGCAGCACCACCGCAGCAGCAGCUGCAGCUGUACUCCGACAGGAAGUUGACUGUGACUGAAGAGCCCGCUGGGGCCGGUUGCCCCCGGAUACUGCACUUCCAGAGCUGGCCCACCGUUUCCCGGGCGAUCAAAUGGGAGGCGGUGCUUCGGGGCCCCGGCCUGUUCGUGGAGAUUCCCAGCGUACCAUUUCCAGAGGGCAGCAAAGAGAGCUUCAUCUCUCUGCUGGAGUUUGCUGAAGAACAUCUGAAAGUCGUCAGCGUGUUCGUCUGCUUUUAUAAGAACAGAGACGAUCGUGUGAAACUGGUGCGUACGUUCAGCUUUCUGGGCUUUGAGAUGGUGAAACCGGGCCACGCUCUGGUCCCCGCUCGACCUGACGUUCUCUUCAUGGCCUACAACUUUGACAGGGAUUCCUCGGACGAAGAUUAGUCUCCUCUCAUUCCUUCUUUAGACGCGCUCCGUCUGCAGCGUGUAAACCGCUCGGAUUCGUCUACAGGCUUCAGACGGACCUGCGCAAUCGUUAGCGUGCUGUUUGACUCGUUCAUCAAGUGAAUCUGUUUUGCUUCUAAUGCUCGUGUUUUGUUUAUACGAUGUUUGAUUUUCUGGAAUGUACAAAAGGUCAUUUAUGCGUUUGAUUGGAUGUUUCUUCCUGCUCUUCAAGCCUGCCCAGGUAAAAAAAAAUAAAAAAUAAGUGCACUUGCAUAAAGUACUUAAAGUGUGCUAUUUUGGUGUACUAAAAAUGAUUAAGGUCAACUAAAUGUACUCAACUGUGCUAUUUUGGGACACCAGGAAUAUGAAGUAAAAUGUGCUUUUAAUAUACUAUCUCUGUAUUUAAAACUGUGUUUAGUCACCACUUGUAGUACACUAGUGACCGAAAGAUGGGUGACUCAAUUCAUUUUUAAAUGCAGAGAUGGUAUGUUAAAAGUGCAUUUUAGUUUAUAUUCACAGCAUCCCAAAAUAACAACACUUGAGUACACUUAGUUGAUCUUCAGCAGUGCUAAAGAAUCAUUUUUAGUGUAUUAAGUACAAAAUUAGUGCGCUUUAAGUACAUUAUGGAAGUGCACUUUUGUUUAAUCUGGGUGUGAUUGUAGGUUUCUGAGGCGUUCGCCACAGGCUUUGCUCUUCUGUUCUACAUUUACGGUCAGUUUUUACCUCGGAAUGUGCUUUGUUGUUUUUUUUAGACAUGUUUUGGAGUGAAUCGGGAUGAAUCGGUAACAUGUGAUCGAUAGAUUUCUCUGAAUGCGACUCGACUGGUACAAACUUUGAUGGGAAACGAAAUCGACGCAUCCAAAGCUCUUUUACCUCCGGCUGUCAUGUCUUGAUUUUGUAUAUCAGAAGCGUGUUUAGGCUUUCGUUGUGUGUCGGCUGUGCUGUUACUCGCGUUCCUCUCCAUAGUUUAUUUAUCACAUGGUUUGGAGCCUCUUUCUCCUCUAUAGUGGUACAUUAUACACCUUCUGUGAUUAAUAAAAACAUUAUUUAAAGACA